GUUGCUGUCUUCUUCCAGCGAGUCCAUCAGUGUCCCCAUGAUCCCUUUGGGCCUGAAGGAGACGAAGGAGCUGGAUUUGCUGGCACCACUGAAGGAUUUCAUCAGUGAACACUAUGGAGAGGAGGGCAUCUUGUUUGAAAAGGAAAUCAAAGAGUUCAUGGAGCUACGGCAGGCGAUGCGUACCCCAAGCCGCAAUGAAGCCGGGCUCGAGCUCUUGAUGGAGUAUUACAACCAGCUCUACUUCUUCGACAGCCGUUUCUUCCCUCCAACCACAAGCCUGGGUGUCUUCUUCCACUGGUACGACUCCCUGACGGGGGUCCCGUCCCACCAGCGAGCGCUGGCCUUCGAGAAGGGCAGCGUGCUCUUCAACAUCGGAGCCCUGCACACCCAGAUUGGAGCGCGGCAGGACCGUGCAUCCCUACCAGGGCUCAAUCAGGCCAUUGAUGCCUUUCAGAAGGCGGCUGGUGCCUUUAACUACUUGAAGGAAAACUUCUCCAACGCUCCCAGCCUGGAUAUGAGCGCUGCCUCCUUGAACAUGCUGGUGCGGCUGAUGGUCGCCCAGGUCCAGGAGUGCGUCUUUGAGAAGAUGACCUUGCUGCGUGCCCAGCACGACUUCCUCACCCGGCUGCAGCUCGCCCAGGAGGCGGCAAGGGUAGAAGACGUCUACUCGCUGGUGCACCAGACGAUGACCCAAGCCCACGUGAAGGAUUACGUUCCCUUCUCUUGGACCACCAUGGUCCACGUCAAGUCGGAGCAUUUCAAAGCCCUGUCCCACUACUUUGCUGCCAUUGCUCUCUGCGACUGCCCCGUGGCAUCUGACGCUGAACUGCCGGAGCACGAGAAGGCUUUUAUCCAGUUCCACAUCACCAUGCCAGAGGGACCAUCGCUCCACGUCCUGCUGCAGGACCCCGAGGAGAGGAGGAAGCUAGGCAAAGCUCAUCUGAAGAAAGCCAUCAUGAAGCACGAGGAAGCUAUGAGGAUCCACGGCUUGUGCAAGAUCCUGCGGAAGAUGGAUAUCCUCCAGGAGGUCCUCUCCUUCGCCCACAAACGCUCGCUGAGCAAAUAUUCGGAAAUCGACCACGAGGAGGACUUCUUUGAAACCGGAGAUGCCCCGGACAUUCACCCCAAAACGCACCAGAAACCAGAGAUAAAAUCCCCCAACUUCUCCCAGGUGAAGGUGACCGACCUCUUCCACAGGCUGGGACCCCUUUCGGUUUUCUCGGCCAAAAACAAGUGGUACCCAGCACGGAGAGUCCACCUGAUGAGGGGAGAGAACGGUUUUGGGUUCACACUGCGAGGAGACUCCCCCGUCCUCAUUGCUGGUGUCAUCCCAGGGGGCUGCGCUGCCGAAGCUGGGCUGAAGGAGGGAGACUACAUCAUCUCAGUGAACGGCAAGGACUGCAAGUGGUCCAAGCACGCUGAGGUGGUGCAGCUGCUGAAGAGCACUGGGGAGGAGGGAGUGGAGAUCAGUGUGAUAACCCUGCAGGGCUCAGAGGCACCAAAAGCCGCAGACAAGAAAGCAGCAGCAAUGUCCUCAGGCAGCGGGAUGUUGAAGAGCAACAAGGAGAACAGCCGAAAGAGCCUGAUGAACAGCAAGAGUGCCAGCACGCUGCUGGUCUGGAGCAAGAAGAGCAAGCGGAGCAAGAAGAGCACCUACGGUGUCCCCUUCACUGCGGUGGGAGACAACGAGGCCAUGUACUGAAGUGGCCACUGGGCUAGGUCGUGUCCCGUGAGCUCCGGGGCUGGCUGCCCGUGAAUCC